AUGGAUGGGGGUGAUUCUGUAGCAAUGAUGACAUAUUUUCAGGAGAUGCAAGCUGCCAAUCACAACUUUUUUCACUCUCAAUGGUUGGAUGCGGAGGGAAGGCUGAAAGACGUGUUGUGGGUGGAUGCUCGUAGCAGGGCUGCAUAUGAGGAGUUUGGAGAUGUCGUAUGUUUUGAUGCAACCUAUCUGACAAAUCCAAACGACCUUCCAUUUGUUAAUUUUGUGGGGGUAAAUCACCACGGGCAGUCCAUAUUGCUAGGAUGUGCUCUUGUAUCCCAUGAAGAUUGUGACACGUACCGGUGGGUGUUUCGGCAAUGGUUACACUGUAUGAACGAUACCCCGCCCAAAGCUAUACUCACUGAUCAGGCUGCUUCUAUGAGGAAGCCACUUGAAGAGGUGAUGCCAACUUCCCAACAUCGGUGGUGCAUAUGGCACAUAAUGUACCAAUACCUGAAAGUUGAGUUGAAGAAAGUUGUAUAUGAAAGUAUUACAGUAAUGGAGUUCGAGAACAGAUGGAAUGCGUUAAUUGUUGAGUACAAGUUGCAAAACAAUGAUUGGCUAUGCGAUCUAUAUUUGGAACGUCAUAUGUGGGUAUCUGCUUUCAUGAUACACUACUUUUGGGUGGGUAUGAAGACAACACAGAGGGUGGAAAGUAUAAAUAGUUUCUUUGACGGUUUCCUUACGCGCAACACAAAGUUGUAUGAAUUUCCACAAAAGUAUGCAGCAGCAAUGGAUAAACGAGUUGGAGAUGAGACGGAUGCUGAUGCAAAAUGCUCGAAGUACAUUCGAAGACUCGUAAGUGGUUUCAGUGUGGAAGCUGUGUUUCAGAAGAUAUAUACUGACACCAAGUUCCAAGAGGUGCAAAAUGAAUGUACACGUAUGAUGUUUAGCUACCCACGGGAAGAGAUACAAGUGUCUGAUACACUUAUUCAGUAUUUGAUUGAAGACCGUGUUUGGGUUGUGCCUGAGGGUAAAAGUGAGGACGUUAUCACAGACAGGAAAAUGUUUUAUUCUGCCACCUUCAACACGGAAACAAAAGUCAUAUGUUGUGAUUGUCGGAAAUUUGAGACUAGUGGCAUUAUUUGCAGGCACAUCAUUAGGAUUCUAGAACAUAAAUAA